AUGGGUCGCCAAAAACCAGUCGCUAAGGAUCUUUUGGCCAACAUUUCAUCCUCCGUUGAUGCUCAACCAGCUCCAACCCAGCAUCCAAAGUUAAAGCAAAAAAGGAUAAAGAAGGCUCAGCCAAAGGCAACAGUGACUCAGAUUGAUUCUGAGGACACCUUGCUAAUUUCUAAAUUGGCUGAGAGUGAGAAGACCACCUCUAUUCCUGAGAAGAGGUCUGCUGAAACACAACCAUCCGAAUCCACUAGAUCAAAAAGGCCGAACCACCUCGGGCACGCCCAUUCCUUCUCACUACAAUCUUUUGAGAACCGGAAGGAACUGGCCGAUAAGAAAAGGGUGGUCUCCAGUCUGCAAAAGACCAAUAAAAGCUUGCAAUCCAAGAUGAAGACCUUGGAGGAUCAAGCCGAGGCUGCUAUAAAGACUCAAAAUGACGCUGAAGAAAACACAGAAUCCGCUGAGGCCAUUAGGAAGGUUCUCGAGGUCCCAAAAAGAGAGGCCAAGGAAAAGAUGUCCCAGGCCCAGAAAGAACUUCAGGAUGCUCUGGCAACAAAAGAGGCCGAAGUCAAGGCCGCCGACGAGAAGGGAUAUAAUGAGGGGGUGGCCGAUGUUAUGGCGGAUUACGAAAAACAAGUAAAGCAGGCAUGCAAUAAGGGUUUUACCCUUGGUUGGAUGACUUUACUUAAAAAGCUCGAAAUCCCCGAUGACUCCUCCCUCAGGAACACCGAUGUCCUUCCUCUGCCAUUUCCCCUAACUCCAAGCCAAUCCGAUGACGAUUCCGAGUCUGAGGAGGAGGUUCUGGUGAGGAAGUCAAAGGAGGCUGCUGGGGUCAAGUCCCCUAUUCCAAAUGAGCAAGAAACAUCAAGCUUGAUAUGGAUGGAUGCUCCAAAGGGAACUUGGGUCCAACUAGUUUUGGAGGUCUCUUUUGCGACUCAAGAGGUGCUUGGCUUCAUGGCUACUGUGCGGAGGUGA